GUCAUAGAUCCAGAAGAAUAUAAAGGACCUCUGAUCUCCUGGCCAAAGAUCCUUUGCUGUGCCGUUCUGCACCUGCCCAGGACCAUGACUCCGGCUCUGCGCUGCGCGUGCGCACUGGCCCUGGUGUGCUUUGCGUCGCUGCUGCUGCGGCCGGAGAGCGCAUUUGGGGAGGAGCUGCAAAGGCAGCAGCUCCCCAAGCCCAGGGCGGCAAAUUGGCUGGCGAACUUAGGCCAUAUCAACAAGUACAUAGAAAAGCUCUUUAACCCGAAGAAAUCUAAAAUCCAAAAAACCUCGAACGCCACGAAACUCCCUCCACUGAACACAAAGAACCCCCUUCCACCCAACGCCACCAAACCCCAGCCGGUGAACGCCGUGGAACCGCGACCAUCGACCUCCCAGGGCCCCAGGUAGGAGCGCCUGGACACUGCUGCCGCUGGGUCAGGAGCCUCGGAACUGGGGGCAGCUUGGGUGGGAACACAAGGGAGCUCCCGGAAGUCGAAGGAGACACCAGGGCCCCAGGGACUUCCUUUCCCAGGCUGGGCCUUGACCUCAUUCAGAUGCCUGACCCAGCUCUUGCAGCCCACCCACUUUUUUAUGUUGUGAGUGGGGCCUCAAUCCGCCCGACCCCUACCCCUCCAUGAGAACAAUAAAGAGAAACAAAAUCUC